AUGGCGCAGGCGUUCGGCAGCCUCCCCGGCGGGGUUCUCAAGACACCCGAGAAGUUUACACUCCGAGUCCCGGACCAGGACCUGGUCGAGUUCAAACAGCUCCUGCAGCUGUCCAAAAUCGGCCCGGAGACGUGGCAAAACAAGCAGCAGCAUGACGGACGCUUCGGCGUCACCCGUGACUGGCUCAUUGGUGCCAAAGACGCCUGGCUCAAGUUCGACUGGAGGAAGCACGAGGACCGUAUCAACUCGUUCCCCAACUUCAAGGCCAAGGUGGAGAACGCGGACCUGGGGACCUUGGACAUCCAUUUCACGGCGCUCUUCUCCAAGAGAAAGGAUGCCGUCCCGAUCAUCUUCAUGCACGGGUGGCCGGGCUCGUUUCUGGAGUUCUUCCCAAUCCUCCAUCUGCUGGUGAAGAAAUACACCCCCGACUCUCUGCCGUAUCACGUCAUUGUGCCGUCGAUACCUGGCUACGGACUCUCGGCGGACUCGAUCCCCCUGGACAAGGAGACGGGCCUGGGUCCGGUGGCGGAUUCCCUCCAUCAGCUGAUGCUGGACUUGGGAUUUGGCGGGGGCUACGCCGCUCAGGGCGGGGAUGUCGGGAGUACCCUGGCCAGGGUCAUGUCGUGGAAGAAGGAAUGCAAGGCUUUUCAUCUCAAUUUCCUGGCCCCAACAGCGGACGAUUCGAGCGAAUCAGAACAGCUUCCACAGCAAGACCGUGAACGCCUGCAGAAGGCAGCGGCAUUUUUCAAAACAGGAAUUUCGUACGCCCUGACGCAUGGUACCAGGCCAGCAACUAUCGGCCUAGUCUUGUCCACGAAUCCGUUGGCUCUUCUAGCUUGGGUCGGAGAGAAAUAUUUGGAGUGGGUGGAUAGUCGGCACCCCCUCCAAACCGAGACCAUUCUUGAACUGGUCAGCCUGUACUGGUUCACGUCUACCUUCCCCAGGAGCAUCUACCCAUACGCCCGAAUCGCCGAGGGCUUGAGGUCUGGGUCGCUCAGUUCUGUACCCACAUCGAAAGAGACGCCGAUGGGAUACUCGAGCUUCCACAGUGAGCUCAGCUUCACGCCAAAGCCGUGGGCAGAGAAAUCCUAUCCGAACCUUAAGUUGUAUCGCACGCACGAUAAGGGAGGCCAUUUCGCUGCUCUUGAGCAGCCAGAGUUACUGCUGCAGGAUGUGGAGGAUUUCCUCGAAUCUGUGCAAGUCAUUGAGACGUAG